CAAAUCGACAACAAUGGCAUCAAGGACUCCUUUCCGUACACAGAUCAAGUCAUUCGUCCAGGUAGUCAAGCGCAAUGCUUCUACGUCCGCGAAACCGAAGGCAACGGACCCUUUCAAGAAAGGAAAGACUCGGCCCUCUAUCAGGUGGACAACGCAAAAGGCCAUGGGACUGUCUAUUUUCACCGGCGCACUUACUUAUUCCCUUGCAACGUCGCAGAUCAAAGGCCUAAUCGAAGAGCAAGGAAAGACUCCGGAAUACCUUCGCGCUAAGCCGACAGAGUACGGUGACCAGGAGACUUUGGAGAGGGCUAUUCCGGAACUUCAAAAGGCAAUGGGCCACGCCGAAAAUUCGAUCACGACUGAUCCCGAGGACCUGGAGCGUUAUGGAUAUUCGGCAUGGUCUUCCGUUAACACCGAGACCCUUCCAUUCGCCGUGGUGUUCCCCAAGUCCACCGAGGAAGUCCAGGAAAUCGUGAAGGUUGCCCUCAAGUACAAGCUUCCGGUCGUUCCCUUCUCUGGUGGAACUUCCCUUGAGGGUCACUUCUCUGCCACUCGCGGCGGAAUCUGCAUUUCCUUCUUGAACAUGGACAAGAUCAUCAAGAUCAACGAUGAUGACCUUGAUUGUGUCGUGCAGCCUGGUGUCGGAUGGAUCGAGCUUAACCAAGAGCUCAAGGGAAAGGGCCUGUUCUUUGCUCCUGAUCCCGCGCCCGGAGCCCAGAUCGGUGGUAUGGUCGGCACUGGAUGUUCGGGUACUAAUGCCGCGCGAUUCGGAACGAUGAGAGAGAACGUACUGUCUCUGACCGUGGUUAUGGCCGAUGGAUCCGUCAUCAGAACCCGUCAGCGUGCGCGUAAGUCAUGUGCCGGAUACAAUCUGACGCAGAUGUUCAUCGGUAGCGAGGGUACUCUCGGUAUCGUCACUGAAGCUACUCUCAAGCUAGUCCCUAUCCCAGUGAAUUCCGCUGUUGCCGUUUGCCCUUUCCCCACCAUCAAGGAUGCUGCCGCUACUGCAUCCAAGGUGAUCCGCCAGGGCAUUCACGUCGCUGCUAUCGAAUUGGUCGAUGAUGUGACAAUGAGGGUCAUCAACGAGGAGGGCUCGACCCCGCGCAAGUGGGAAGAGAAGCCUCAUCUUUUCUUGAAGUUCUCCGGCACUGCAAACAGUGUGAAGGAGCAAGCUGAGAUGGUCAAGGCCAUUGCAAAGAACAACAACGGCGGUCGCUUCGACUAUGCAAGGAAUGACGAUGAAGCUGCUGUAUUGUGGUCUGCAAGAAAGGAAGCUCUGUGGUCCAUUCAAGCACAUGGUGCGGCCGAUUCAAACGCUAUCUGGACGACGGAUGUUGCUGUCCCUCUAUCGAGAUUGCCGGAGAUCGUGGAGAAGACCAAGGAUGACCUCCAAGAAGCUGGCUUGAUGGCCGGUAUUGUAGGUCACCUCGGUGACGGUAACUUCCACGCUAUCAUCAUCUACGACCGGAAUAACAAGGUGGAGAAUGACAAGGCCGAGGAGGUUGUCCACAAGAUGGUUAAGACUGCUAUUGAGAUGGAUGGAACCUGUACUGGUGAGCACGGUAUCGGCAUUGGGAAGAAGGGAUAUCUUGCGUCGGAGCUUGGCGAGCCCGCGUUGGAGGUCAUGAGAAGGAUGAAGUUUGCUUUGGAUCCGUUGAACCUCAUGAACCCGGACCACGUUAUUCCAGAGCACAAGCACUGA